AUGGCCUUCGGUGAUAUUCGAGUAGUCCAAGAUCAAACAAGAUAACCAUAUAUUUUUAAAUGGACCUCAACUAACUAAGCCUCAGGAGUUCUCUCAUUAUAUUGCCCUCUGGGAAUUAACAAAUAUCUUUAUGAAUAAUCGAAUGAAGACUAUUACUACUUUUUGUAGGGUGGGUACUUCGGAGACAAAUAGGAGUUGAAUUAUAUCAUUUAUAUGGAAAUUCUAUUUGAAUAAAGGCUAGUUGUAUUUCAUGUGCAGGUCAAUACAGAAGGGAAGUGGGUAGAGUGUACUUUCCAAUUUCAACCUUUGGAAAUUGAGGGCAUCAGGAUUAGCACUAUUAUCUAUUACUAAGAUUCAGGCUAGGUUAUGGUUGAAUAAUUUUGGGGAAACACUAACAGAAAAUCUUUUACCUUUCCAAAUACCAUCAAACCUAAUUUUGUUGUAACAUAAAUCUCUGGAGGGAUAUAUUCAGAUAUCAACCCGAUGACUGGUACUAAAAUCCUGUUAAAAUAAUUUCCAGGGAAAAUGAAUGCAGCAAUAAUAUAAAUGUCAGAAUUGAAAUAUCUUUGGAGUGGUUACCCUUCCUUAUAGGGUAGCAAUGCAGUCUUAUUACAGGAGCAAAGCACUGAAUUUUAAGAAAGAGUAUCUAAUUCAUUUUAUUCAAUCUCGACCCAAACUCAAAAGGAUUAUAGAGUCUCCUUUUGGGCCAAAGCAUAAGCAUUAUAUGAUAGCAAUUUCGAUUAGAUUAUACAUAUAUUAAGAGUCGUUGCAAAUAGAUUUACAUAAGACUUUAUGGCAACUGGAUCUAAUUCUUUUAUUUUAGAUUAUGUUUACGAUAAAGAAUCACAUAAAUGGAUAUUUAGAAUCUGUUUUUAUUCAUAAAUUAUUCCAAUUCUUGUUCGUUCGAUCCCAGAUAAUUCUUUAGUCUUAAUUACUAAAGAGAUUCUAAUAGAUAAUUACUCAUACAUUAAUACUUGGCAUUUUAUUUAUAUUGACUACUCAAUUAAUACUAUUACUUUUUAUUUUGAAAAUCCUGAAUUCAAUUACAAAAUUACUUAAUAAUAUGAAAAUGUGUACUAAUACCAAUUAAUUUACUAUCGAUUAUUUUUUGGAGGUACUUUCAUAGAAACAAAUUCAUUAACAAGAUCAUUUGCUCUUAUAUCCUUUUAAGAUCAUACUAGAUCUAUUAUAAAAUGCCAUAUGUCAUGUCAAACUUGUUUUGGUCCCUUUUCAAAUAAUUGUUUGAGUUGUCCACCUAAUUCUAAUCGAGUCUAUGAGCCCAGAGAAUCCACCUGUUCAUGUUAGUUGUGGUAUAAGGAAUUCAACAAUCACAUUUGUAAAUUAUUUUCUAAUGAUUCCAUUAAAAUUAAAUUAGAGGAAAACUUUCAAAAGGAUGACUUUAGGAAGCAUUGUAACUUUGGAGAUUUUGAAUACAAUGAAAAUUGCUAUAAAUGUCCAUCAGCUAGUCAGAAUAACUAGAUUAUAUGUUCUGCUUGCUUAAUGAGACCAACUGAUUGGAUUUACAAUAAUCCAGCAUGUUAUGAUAUAUACUAUCAAUAUGAAAACAAUCCAAAUUAUCAAUAUGUGUAGAUGAUGACAGAUUAAAAACUAGCAAAUCAAUAUUACAUUUUUGAAAAUUAGGAGCUUUAACCUUGUCAGGGAUGUAAAUUAUGUUAAGAUAAAUUGGAUGUUACUUGUCAAUUAUCUUCUUAUUUACAUUUAGAUAAGGAAACUUACAUACAAUGUUUAGAAGGAUAUUACUUUAGCAAUGGAAAAUGCCUUAAAAAUAAGUAGAACUUAGAUAUCAUUAAUACGUCAUGUAAAAAUAACUGCUUGAAAUGCAGUAAUAGAUAAUGCUAUUUAUGUUCAAAUAAUAAUAAUUUUUUCUUAAAUUAUAUGGGAUAAUGUUAAUUUUGUGCAAUUAGCAAUUGUAAAUAUUGUUUCUAAUACAAUUCAUAUAACCGCAUUGAGAAUUCAAUCUUACGAGAUGGAUUUUAAAAAAGAAUACUUUCUGACGAUUUUGAAGUUGGUUGUGCUUAAUGUUUAAAAGGAUAUGUUUAUUCAUUUCGACUGAAAUAAUGUCUCCCUUAAUAUAAUGAAAUUGACUGUUAAAGUUACAUUAAUGAUUAAAAUGAACUAUAAUGUUAUUCAACCUAAUUUGAUAAAUUAAUUACUAAAUUUUAAUAGAUCUAAAAUUGUUAAGAAUAAUUACCAAAUUGUGAGUAAUGUAUCUAUACAAAAUUUAGUAUAUUAGUAUGCAUAAAAUGCUCUUAAGGUUUUUAUAUUAAUAAAGUUAAUGGAUUAUGUAAUAAAUGUGCUGAUUAUUAGGUUUCAGAUUGUGGAUUAGUUGACUUUUAUCACGAAUAUUAAAAGUUACUAUUAUAUGGCUUUCUUUAACAUUAUACUUAAACUUUGAAUGAUUUAUCAAUCCUUUUUAAUGAUUAUUAUAAUAUGGAAAUUUUAGAAUGCAACUCAAACUAUUUAUUAGAUAAAAUUCAAAAUUAAUGUAUUGACUAAUGUAUUAAAUGUGAUAAAUGUGCCAUUGUAAAUGGGUAGAAGUAGUGCCUCAAAUGUACUUUAUCAUCCGGCUAAUCUAGUUUUUAUUCUUAGAAAAACGGUUAAUGCUAUUAAUGUCCUUAAUUAUGCAAAUUUUGUUUAUAACUUGAUUAAGAUCUAAUAUCAUUAUACAACCCAUACUUUUUAGUCACAGAUUCAAGUAAAACAUAGGCUAUUAAAUGUCUGAUUAAUUAUGAUUAAAACUUAACAUACAUUGAUUAUAGGAGUGGUUUAAUUAAACCUUUUAAUCAAGUUACAAAGGAGCGACUAACCUUUGUAGCCUAGGAUGAUAAGACUUCCAUUAGAAUUUACGAUUUUGAAGAUAUCAUUUUAAAAAGCAUCAGUAAAAUAUCUUAAUAGAUUUACCUGGGAACUAAUUAUUUAUAUUCACUUUUUAGUUAUUACUAUUCUGUGAACAUUUAUUCUAUACAAUUAAUGGUUGAUAAUAAUUUUGGUGUCGGAUUAGCUAAUAUUUCUAAUGCAUCUGAAGUUAGAGGUUAUUAAUUAAACAUAGCAAAAGAUAAUUAUAAUUUCAAAAUUGACUCCGAUUUUGGAGUAAAAUUUUAUAUUGAAGAUUGCAAAAUUACAAAUAUAAUUUCUAAAUAGUUAUUUACAAUAAACUAACCACUUCUAACUAGCCUUAUACUAUUUAAAAUAUAUAAUAUAACCUUAAGGGAUUCUUAAGUCUUCAUAAUAAAUAGCCAUUUUGAAAAUUCCACAAUAGUAGUCAAGGAUUUUCUCUAUACUAAUAGUAUUUUUAUAGAAAGCAUCUUUCUUUUGCAUUCAUCUGACUAACAUGAUAGUGUCUUCAUAAGCAAUCUCACUUUUAUAAAUUGCACAUUUAAAGCAAGUUCAUACUUCAGUCAAAAAACAUUAGUUAGCAUUAUUAUCAUAUAAAUGAACCUUAUAAAAUUCAUAAACUGCACCUUUAAGGAUAGCAUUCUAUUUUAAUUAAGUGAUAGCAUAAAUUCAUUUUCCAUUCAAGAUUUAAAGGUAAUAAAUUGUUCAUUUUACAAUUCCUCAUUAUUAUAAGGUUUAUAAAAUUUGAGGCUAAACUUGGUGUUAUUAAAUAACUUAACGUUAAUAGAAAGUAAUUUAUUCCUUUAUUUAUAUUCCUUAAGUAAUUAUACAAUAACUAUAACUCAUUUAAUAUGCUAAGGGCUGUUAUUUAAUACAUCAAAAUUUCUUCUAAUUGAAAAUUUACAGUAAUUUGUUUAAAUAGAUGUUAUCAUAUAAGAUUGGAAUUUAGAAAAUAUCAAUUUUAUGGUGACUAAUGAAAUUAUUAAUGAUAAUUCCAUUCUCAGUUUUUAAAAUGUUAAUAGUUAAAUAAAAAAUCUUAUAAUAGAAAAAAGCAUAUUGUUUACUUUACUUAUUUUUUAGAAUUGCCAAGAAGUAAGUUUAACUAAUAUCUAAAUUUCUUAAAUAGAAAAUGAAGUAAAUCAAUUGGAUUCUAUUGGUAAAUUUAAAUAUUAAAGAUCUGUAAUAUAUAUUUCUGAAUUUACCUAUUUAAAAAUUAGUUAAUUAUAAGUAUCACAUUGGAUUCAAACAAGUGAUUCAUUUUUAAUAAUAAGAUGCGACUCUUGUGUUUCUAAUUUCAUUUAAAUAUCAGAAUUACUAUUAGAAAAUUAUUCUAGUUUUAAUGUACUCAAUUAUAUAAACCCAGCGAUUUUCAUUCAAAUUGAUGCUGAAGUUAAAAUCAAUAUAACGAAUUGGAAAUUUAAAAGUUGCAACUUUUGGUCUCCAUCUCCGAAUAAUGAGAUGAUGGAAGCAGCUUUAAUAAGAAUUAAAUCGCCUAAAUCUAAGGUAAUUUUUAAUGAUUUAACAUUUAAAAUAGCAAAUGUUUACAAUUCAUCUAAUUCCAUUGUUGUUGUUGAUGCCACAACUAUUUUUAUGUUCAACACUCAAGUAGAUGAUAUAAAUACUCAAAAUGCUAUUGGUUAAUUAUAUGCAAUUUGUGGAUUCGUUAUUUUUAUGGCUGAAUAAAUUAGAAUUAUUAACACAAGAAUGAGCAAUAUCAAUAGUGCAUAAUAUGGAUUUUUUUACAAUCAACUUAAGUAAUAAGGAAAUCUUUAUGUGUAAAAUUGUAUUUUCAAUAAUACAAAACUAGCCACAACUAACUUUUAUAUGACAUAAUUAGGAGGAAUUUUUACAAUUGAUGGAAGAUUAUCUAUGCUAUAACUUAGUUUCAUAAAUAUUACAGCGAUAAAUAUAUAUGCAGAAAAAAAAGCAGCCUUUUUAUAUUUAAUACCAUCUUCAAUUUCAAAUUAGGUAUUUAUGAAAAAUUUAAACUUUAAAAAUUUAAUAUCAGCAGAUAAUUUGUUUUGUAGACUCAAAUUUCCCUCUAAUAGUUAAAAUAAUAAAAUUGUAUUAGAGUAAAUUGUAAUUAAUAAUAAUGAGAACAGCACUCUUUUAUAAUAGCUAAUUGGAAGUUAAAAAAAAGGGCAAAGUGUAAGUAAUUAUGAAGGCCUUAUUUCAUCUUCUUUUAGUUCUGUUUUAAUUAAUGAUUUUAUAUAUGAAGGCUAUUUAACUCAACCAAUUUUUAUACUAAAUGUAAUUUAUAGUCUAAAAAUUAGCAAUCUUAAAUUUGUAUCAUUAUCUAUAUUUAAUCAGUUUGAAUAGUUGAUUAAUAUAGAAAUUUAGAAUGCAGAUUUGGUUAUUAUGUAAAACUUUUAAUUUGAGAAAAUGAAUUUGUUAUAUUAAUUAGAGUAUUUCUUGAAAAUUAAUUGCACUUCAAUCACAAACCCUAUCAUAUCAAAUUCAAUUUAAUUUAUAAAUAACUUUUGUCCUUAUUGCUAAAAUGGAUAUAUGGCAAUUUUCAAUAAUCAAAAUUAAUCUAAAGUAGUAAUGAAUGAUUACAUAUUUUAUGACAACAAUUGUGGUGUAUAUUGGUGCUUCAUUUUUCAAAAUCUUUAAUUAAAAAUAUAAAAUUCAUUCUUUAUAAAAAACUAAGGCCAAAAUAAUGGAAUAUUAUAUGGAACUUAAAGUGUGCUAUUAAUAUAGAACAGCAUCUUGAAAAAUAACUAAAUAAUGAAUCAAGCAGGAGCAAUAUUUUUAAAUAAAUCUAUAAUUGAAGCUUAAAAUUUACUAAUUGUUAAUAAUUCUGCUAACAUUGGAGGGGCAAUUUAUUGUGAGAACUCUAAAGUAAAUAAAGAAACAAGAAGAAAAAUCCUAUUUUUAGAAAAUAAUGGAUUUUUUGGAUUGAAUAAUAUUCGAGAACAUGCUGAUUUUUUAAACCUGAAUAUGUUCGGAUUUUCAAUAGACAAUAAAAGAGAAAUAUAAAAUGAUGAAAUUUUUGAUAUUCCAACUUAUAUCGUAAAUCAUAAUUAGAUGAGAGUUAACAAAACUUUUAUUGAAGUCGCUAGUGGUUAAAAGCUGAAUGAGUUUUAAGUGUUCGAUAAAAUUUCAAUGUAAUAUUCAAAUUAUACUAUAUCAUUAUAAAUUGAAUAAUAUACUUAAUUAGGUGAAAAGAUUAUCUAAGAUUAAGGUGAUAAGUGUUCGCUCACAUAAUAUUAAGUUAAUUCUGAGCUAAAUUAAACUAACUAUGAAAUCAUAUCAUCAUCUUCAAAAGAAAAUAUGACUUAAUUAUAGUUUGAUCCUAUUUGGGAAUCAUAUAAACUGGAUAACUUCAGUUUUUAUUUAGACCCUUAUUCUAAUUAAUCAAUAUUUUUGAUGGUAUUAAUAAAAUGUGAAUAAAUGCCUUAAAAUUACAAUUUCAUUUUCAAAAUAAAAACAUUACCUUGUGGUAUUGGAGAAUACUACAAUAACAAAUAGUGUUUAAAAUGUGAUUUUGACAAAGGGUAUUUUUCAGUAACAAAAAACUCAUUAGAAUGUUAAAGAUUAGAUCCAACUAAAAUGAAAUCAGUGACUUCCUAUUAGAUAGAGUUACUCUCAGGAUUUUGGAGACUUUCUUAUUACUCUCAUUAUAUUGAAUAAUGCGAGAAUCCUAGUUCUUGUUUAGGAGGUUGGAAUGUGAAUUAAGAAUCAUGUUUUGUAGGAUACAUCGGAGCUAUUUGCAAUGAAUGCGAUAUUUACAAUGUUAGGGGACAAUCUUCCUAUAUAAAAUCGUUAUCAGGUGUGUGCUAAAAGAAUGAGAAACAAAAAGAAAUCUUUUUAAUCACCUUUGUUUUAAUGCUAUUCACCUUUAUUGUAACAUAUGUGAUUUCCUUUCUUAAAUCUGAGAUGCACUUAAUGUAUAAAAGAAUGAAGUACAUGACAAUACAUCACAGGAUAUUAUUUCAAUAUCAAUUGAAUACUAGUUUAAAGUUGUUAAUAAAUUUCAUGUAAAUUCUAUAUCCAAUAUUGCCACACUUAAAAUUUAAUGAGGAUUUUGCUGACCUAGCUUGGCCAAUAGGAAAGUCAUCAAAAACAUUAUUAUUUUUAAUUAAUUUUGUGGCUGAUAACUUUGAGAUAGAAAUUCCUUACUUAAAAAUGGUUUGGGCAAUGCUUAUUCCAAUAUUUUAGAUGAGUAUUCUAUUGUUCUUUUAUGCAUCCAUAUAGAGGAUUAACAACAAUUCUCAUAUUUAACUUAUGUUUAUUUAAUCAUCGUUUAUUUUUUUGGUUUUCUAUUCAAUUCCAAAUAUAAUGGAGGAAUUGACUAUUGUUCUUUAGAGAAGAAGCAUUGCUAAUAUCGAUUGGAUAGGGGCUAAUUUAGCGUAUUAAUACUAAACAAAGGAACAUUAAAGUUGGAUAUGGUAGUUCAUAGUGCCAUCUAUGAUUCUGAUAUUUUUGGUAAUUCCUAUACUAUUUUUCACAUUCAUAUACAAAAAGAAUAAGGAAACAAAGAAUAUCGAUAUUUCUUAUGGAAUAUAUGGAUAUCUAUGCAGUGAUUAUAAAGAACAUUUAUACUUUUGGGAAUUAGUAACCUUGGAGAUGAAAUUAACAUUAAUCUUUAUUCUAUUCUUUCUUGAUAAUGAUAAGAUAAUCCUUAAAAAUCUAAUAUCAAUUUUAAUAUUAUUAGGAUAUUAUGCAUCAAUAAACUCUUUAAAACCUUUUUCAAAAUCAAACUUGAAUAAACUUGAGAAAUCUGGAAUCAUCUUAUGUUGUGUAUUUAUUUCAUUAAAUAUCUUAAUAUCGGCAUCUUAGAAAUAUUCUUAUAUUGAAGUACAAUAUCUAACUUAAAUUUUGAUGUUGUUAAUAUUAUUAUUUAUUCUUCUAUAUACAUUAUUCAAAAUAUUGAUAGCCUUUAUUAACAGAUACUAGGAUAUAAUUGAUAUAAUAAGAAUAGCAAUAACCUUAAGAUUUCCGAAUUUUUAACAUUAUUGUCCCUUUUUCAAAAAACAUUUACAGCUCCGAUCUGAAACUAGGAAAAAUGUUAUAAAUAAAUUUAAGAGAAUCAAAUCAUAACUUAAACUUAUGAAGCAAAAUAAUAUUAGAAUUAUUAGGAACCCUAUAAACAUUCAGGAUGAACUAGUUUCUAACAUUAUGCGUUCUGAUCAGAGAAAUUUGAUACAAUAAUACUCAAUACAAAACUCGUUUAUGUUUUGA